AGCAUGUAAACUGAUUUCCUCCUCGCCGCUGCCGGAGGGCGUCCGCCGGGCGAAGCCCAUGCGGCGCUGGCAGCGGCGGGGCCUCUCUCCUCCCUGCCCUGCUCGGGAUCCCGGCAGCGCGGGUCAGCCGGCCAUGGGGGAGCUGGUUCCGACGAGCUCUCCGGCGGCAGGGACGCGCGGAUUCUGAAGCAGCUGUGCUGGGAGGUGGUGGUGGUGGGGGCUAGGUCCGAUGAGGUCGAUCUGGUCCCCUCGGGGCUGCGGGUGCCGCUGGUGGCGGCGGCCACGGUCGGAGAGGGUGCUGCUCCCAUGUCUGGGGGUGGCGCUGGCACUGCAGUGCGCUGGUCUUGGUCGUGCUGGGCGGCGAGGCGGUGGCGGCCAUGGAUCUCGAUCUGAAGUUGGAGGCUUUCACCGGCAGCUUGUCCUCCUUGACCGGCCGAGAUGUGCGCGUCCUCCUGGCGUCCUGUUCGGUGGCGGGGCGCUGGGUGUGGGCACUAGGUCGGGGGAAACCCUUGGUCGGCGAUGCCGGGCACGAUGUUGGCGACGCCCAUGGCGCCGUUGUCCCUCUGGUGGGCAACAUCGAGACUUACUUCAUGCCCUCCGCCUCCUGGUCUCGGGCAAAAGCCUACAAUCUCUGGAUUGGGGCGGCGAUGGCGCGUCAGCGUCAUGUACUUCUUGAAGGCGUCGUCUUGGGUGAUCAGCGGUCUGGGAUUUGGCGUGGUGUUGAUCUACUUCUUCAAGGUGAGGUCGCCAAGGCGGUCACUCUCUCCUCGGCAACUGGUUCACCGGUCCAAGCGUGCUCGGGGGUGAGCUGCUUUGCCUGCUGAUGGGUCGACGUCCUUCGAUCCAGGACGAGAGGGCGGGGGUGCCCUCUUCGGCGGCAGAUUCGGAUGGUGAACCGAGUGGCCUGCGAGGGGACGAAGCAUGGCUCUCCUCCGGCGACGAUUAGCUCCCUUGUCGCGGGCGUGUCCAUGUCAUUAUCUGUAACCGUCGUGGGCUCUGAAGUACUUUUGGGUUCUUCAGAGCUCGUUAGCUGUUCCGUAGUGCUUUGUAUCCGUGUCGAUUGUAUUUUCCGUUUCCUGUUGUCCUGUUGGUUGUAA